UACGCCGUGUUUCAGUAGCAGCGCGUCGUCGGCGUCGAAGGCACUGUUGAAGGAGCGUCGGAGGUGAGCGUCGAACUUACGCGCCUUCUCCAACUUGCACCAAACUUUGUCAAACUGUUCCAAGUGCGUCUGUAAUCUGGAUGGGCUCAUCCUGACUUGAAAAACUACCAUUAGGCAAACUUUUAUGUGUGUCGUGGGCAAUAACCGUUCGGUAUAAAUAGUGGUAAAUUAGUUUUGUGAAAUGUAAUUUGCUGACAAUAGCCAGUGACUUUUAAGAAAUGGAGGGCACAUUUAGCGCUAGCUUUGGAGUACUCCUUUAUUUUAUGAUCUUCCAAGGAACGGGCGGCGUACAAAGGUUUGAGCAGCAGCCCUCAUACACCGAAGUCAAUCCCGGCCAGGAUGCUCUUCUUGUAUGCAAAGUGUUCAACAAACGUGGAUCGUGUUCUUGGCAGAAAGAUAACAAGCCCAUGGGCAUGUACCCACACAAAUACGAAUGGGCAUCGGGAAGUCAGCAGAACGGGGAUUGUUCCAUAUGGGUGCGUGCUGCCCAGUUAGAGUUCGACGAUGGUAAUUGGGAGUGUCAGGUGACAGCCAGCGAUUUUCACACACAAGACGCACUAACUAGCCAACCAAUCCACCUAGUCGUUAGAGUUCCGCCACAACGGCCCCGAAUAGAAUACAAUGGCACGCAAGUGCUCCCCGGUCACAACUUGACCGCUCUCCACGGUGAAGUGGCCGUCAUUAAGUGCGUAUCGCACUACGGAAACCCACCACCUGUACUUAAGUGGUUUUUGGAUCAGCAUGAAAUUACGCCGACGAAGCAACAGACCAACACCACCGAGUUGGAUAAUCCGAGGACCUGGUUGGCGCUGUCGGUGCUCGAACUCACCAUCUCCAAAGAAAAUCACGGAAAAACGCUCAGAUGUGUCGCAGUACAUGAAUCAUACUCAACCAAGUCGAGCAGCAUAGAAGUUAGAUUAGACGUAAUGUAUGUUCCAGAGACCAGACUUGUGGGAAUACCAACCACUGACAUCGAGGACUUGAAAGACACAGUUGCCAUCCGCUGUGUCGUCAGCGCGAACCCCAAAGCUGCCGUUGUGUGGCGGAGAGAAGGUCAAAGUCAACCUGCGAGCUUGCAGGAAUUAUUACAAUUUAGUCCUGCCAUUAGACAACAUUCAGGCCUGUAUACGUGUCAGGCCCGGAAUAAAGCGGGAGAAUCGCAACCAAUUAGGGUCCAAGUCGAUGUCAAAUACCCUCCAAAAAUCAUCAGCAUCGGACGGGAAAGAGUCAAGACUGUAACGUUAUUUUCGCCAGCCACAUUCGAGUGUUUAGGAGAAGGAAAUCCACAACCCACAUACAAGUGGCUGCAGAAAUUGCCAACGCCUUUCAAUCGAGUCGAAGAACGGGGAAGGGACGCCAAAUUGUACAUCGCCAAUGUCACUUACGACUACCAGGGGGAGUACAGGUGUAAAGUUACUAACAUUAUCAAGGGGGAGGAGAGGUCGGAACUCAGCGAGCCAAUCAUUUUGCAAGUCCAUGGUGCACCCCAAGUCCUACGGCAAUCAGCGACCCCAGAAGUGUUCGUGGAAAAGGGCGAGCUUGCGGAUCUUAGCAUGGUAGUUUGUGCAGAUCCCAGGCCUCGAGUAGUUGCUUGGGAAUGGGGAUCGCUUCGCUUGGAAGCCGGGUCCGAGAUGGGCCGAUACAAGGUGGACGAGGUGGUGCAGGAAGAACGAGAAGACUGUUACUUGGCCACUUUGCACAUCAAAGAUGCUUCAGCGACUGAUUCAAGAGCGUAUUAUUUAGCUGUAGAAAAUGAUCGAGGAACUGAUCGACAUGCUGUACAACUCUACGUUAACGAACCCUUGCAAAUGAGUACACUCGUCAGUCUGACGGGAGGCCUCCUCGUAACCUUCCUUCUGCUCGUAUGUGGGUGUGUAUAUGCCGUCCGAACCGAAAAAUGCUGCUUCGCCCGUAAGGGCGACUUCAAACCGACCGAUAUUGACGGGCAAAAGGUGGACAUAGAGAAAACCGCCACCGGCCCCGGAGGUAUUCCUGCCGAUGCCAUUUAUACGACAACUCCUAGAGGUCACGGCAGCCCCGAGGCCAUGAAGGUACGUCUCGCCGCCAUGGUGCUGCAUCCCCCCACUAGAGUGUAGCACUGCACCCUCGAUCUGCGGCGGAACAACGGCUUUAAACACGGCCGACCCGCCACAGUGAUCGAGUAUAAGUGUUAACUGUUUUGAAAGAAAAGAAGAAAAAAAAAACACAUUUAAGGUGCUAAUCUCACGUCACGUGUUCAUCUUUGCUAGACGCUUUUAAUCCGAGUGCUGCCAUCGAUUUCUCAACCCUGACGAAAUUCAAUUAAAUUUGCUCGGAGGAUUGCCAGAUGUACAGGGUGAUUAAAAACUGGCGAAUUUGAUCGAGCAAACAUCGGAAAAGUUCUAGGUUUUUUAAUCAAAAUUGGUACUUGGAGGGGAAAAUCACUGUCUUAAAUAGUUAUACAAAUUGGAGAACACGUUUUAAAUGACAUUAAUUAAUUCAUGCAAAAGUGUUUUAAAAAUUGAACAGCUUUACCAUUUUAUGAUUUUAUAUUUACAUAAAAAAACAUAAACAGUGGUAAAGUCUUGAUAUUUGCUUAUUUGGACUUUUUAUCCCGGCGCAUCCACCAUAAUUGCACAUAAUAUUUUGUGCAUUUGUAUCUUUCUUUAGAAGACUUCUUUGAAAUUUUAUUACUAUUUAAUUAUUUUUUUUUUAAUUCUGGCUUCAAUUCCUCUAUGUGCGUGUAUGUUAGAUAACAUAAACAGUAAUAUAGGCUUGAUAUUUGGUUAUUCGAAAUUUUUAUCCCGGCGCAUCCACCAAAAUUUUACAUAAUAUUUUGUGCAUUUGUAUCUUCCUUUAGAAGAUUUCUUUGAGAUUUUUCUACUAUUUAAUAAUUGUUUUUUAAAUUUUGGCUUCAAUUCCUUUACGUGCGUGUUUGUUAGAUAACAUAAACAGUAAUAAAGUCUUCAUAUUUAGUUAUUUAAAAUUUUUAUCUUGGCGCAUCCACCAAAAUUUCACGUAAUAUUUUGUGCAUUUCUUUAGUAGAUUUCUUUGCAAUUCCACUACUAUUAUUACUAUUAUUAUUAUUAUUUUAAUUCUGGCUUCAAUUCACUUAUGUGCGUGUAUGUUAGAUAACAAUUAAUAUAAUUUAAUUCAAAAAGGCAUUUUUUCACUUGAUUGUAAAUUUCUAAAAAUUGUUCGGUAUCUACAGAACACAACUAAAUCUACAAUGUCGUUAUGAUAAAAUUAAUAAUUACAAUAAGAACAAAAUGUCCACAGAGAUAUUCAUAUUACUUCGAUAAUUUUAUUUAAGUGAAAUUCAAGUAAAUAGUUGUAUCACGUAUUUGUUUUAUUUGAAGAUGGACUCAACAUUGGAAAUAAAAACAGUUUUAACAUUUUCAACAAUACAAUACAUACACUAUUAUAUUUUAAACUGCGUUUUUUAUUAACUAAUGAUAAAAAUUACCUUAAAAAAAUAUCAUCCACAAUAAAAACUCUGUUAUUAAACAAUUUAAAUAAACACUAAACACUAAAUAAACUCCUCAGCGUUUCCAGUUGGUAGUUAAUUCUCAAAACUAUUCUUGCAUUUUUAGACAACUUGUUUUGCAAGCACUGGGUUUGAAUAAUUUUAAUAAAAACUAAUCUAAUUUGAAUUUCCGCUCAAACAGUCUUUCACUUAUAAGAUAGAUAUCAAUUAAAAUUUUGGGUUAGUUGUGAUUACGAAUUUUUUUUUUUAUUUUCUGCAAUAUACUGUACAAGGUAGUUGGUUUUUAAAACAAUUAUCUUUUAAUUAAUUUAUUUAAAUAUGUAGGUAAAAUAAUAAUGAAGUAUUUUUGAAACUUGCAAAGGCAAUAAACAGAAUCGUUAUUGAAAAAAUUGACUAACAGAUUUUAAAAAAAGUUAACAAUGUAGUUAUUUAAUGAAAUGUGCUUACACUGAUUUGUGUAAUUUUUCAAAUACUGUUAAAAUAAAUGUAAAAGAUUUUGAGAGUGGCUUUCCCUCGUCAGUUAAGGCAAAACAUUCCUAUUAUUAUUGUGACCGCUUUUUUGUGAGUGAAUCACCCUGUAGUGGCGAUAAAUUUAGCAUCGAGUGAAUGCCGAGCACAACAUAACAAAUCAUCCACUUCCGUACUAAUCUAAUUCCGCUUAUUGGAUUUAAGACCGAAAUGUUUUGAGCGGUUCAUAAAUUGUAAUUCUGUCAGGUCCUUAAAAAGGAAGCGCGCCGUUCUCCAACUAACCAAUUGAAUUUCAGUCGGUGCUACUCGAUGGCAGCUGAACAUCGUGAUAUUUUUAUCAAACACACAAUGCGACAAUUCCAUUUUCAAAACAGUUUGCACCCCCUAUUUGGAACUGUUUUGGUCACAGUCGCACCCAGCAAACUUUACCUACGACUCAAAGUUUUUACUCAAUAGGUAUAGACCUGCAAGUUUGUCUGCUGAUUUUUAUACUUUGUAUGCCUUGUCCAUGCUUGUAGCUAAUAACGCCAUUAGACACCACGACUGACUUGUUUAGCGUUCCGGAUAAUGUUGUUAUUAGUUAACAAGUCCAACUCAAUUAUAGGAAUUAAGUUAACGGACUUAUUUUAUUUCAUUAGCGUGAUGGUUAAAAAUUGAGAUUUCUUUCAAACGCAACAACGACUUCACUUGACAAUAAUUCCUAGUUACAAACAGGGUGGGAGGUCUCAAUUUUUGGCAUUAUUUUUUUGUUGGUUUUCUUCAAAUGGCAGACUGGUUUACCUAAUCCAACACUAAAAACUACCAGAGUGGAAGUAGCAUUUGUACAUAGAGAAUGUUUUGUAAUUUAUUAACUCUAACGCACUUUUGCACCGUUGUAAAUAUUUGCACAUGCACUAAUUAACACUGUAGUUUUGAGAAAUGCGGUUUUGCCUACUCACAGUACAAUAACAUUUUGAUUAACCUCAGUAAGGUGCUGGGAAAUGCACAUUUUCCAAGCGUCUUGAACUAGAGUACACAAGUUAUUCGUGUUGUACAACAGCAAUAUAUUUUACUGUUACCUACUUACUUCAAUUACAACUUUACCCAAUGGUGAUACUCAAACUGUUCAAUUAUUAAUAAUGUCUUUAUUAAAUUCGUACCGAUCAUUAGUUGCACAAACAAACUAAUUAAUUUAAGCCCGGGAUGUUCGUUAGCAAUGAAUGCCACAUUUUCAAUGAAAAUGCAUUAAAUCAGUGCUUUUCAUAUUAAAUGAUGAAACUUUUCUUUAUGACGUGGUUGUGUUUUCCAUUUGUGGCAAUAAAAAUUAUUGAAAAUUUAUACAUACUCGUAAUUGAAAACAAAAUUUUCAAUAUUUUUUUAAGUUGUUGAAUUUAUUAUUUUUAAAAUAAUAUACAUACGACAAGGAAAAACCCUAUUUACGUUUUAUUAACAGCCUCGUAACAUAUAUUUGUGAAAUUCUUAAUUGAAUUUAAAAUGUGUUUAAUCUAUGAAGUAGUUGAAUCAUAAAUUUUAGUGUUUUUUUAUAAAACUUUUUAAAUAAUUAAUAAUUAAUUUUAUAAACUUUUUAAAUAAUUCUUUAUGUGAAUGACAUGUUUAAAAAGGAUCAAGAAAGUGUAAUGCUAAUUAAAUUUUGGUUAUUAGUAAAAAAAUUGUUGGUUGAAACUUUGUUAAAAAAAUUACUUAAGUACAAGCCUUUGCAAAAAGUGAAUCAAAAUUUCGUUUUGUUUCCAAGUUCUAAAUUUUGAAAUUACAAUUGAAGGGAAAGUCCUUCAUUUAUGAAAUGAUUGACUUUGAAAAAAUAUUUUAACAUAGAGCCAUUUUAAAAUGCAGAACUCGAAAACAAACAAAAAAUAUUCCAUUAAAUUUUAUGACUGAAAAUUGGUCACAUUUUAUAAUAUUUAGUACGUGUAAUUUACUACUUACAAUUUUUUUCUGGAAAUAAGAAAAAACUUAAUUAGAAAGCUUUCCGCUUCGUUCUUUUUCUAUAUCUUGUUGUAAAAUUAAUUUAUUUCUAGUAAAAUUAAUACAGCAUCUGGUAAAAGUUUGGAAUAAUGCGUUUAUUGACUAAACUAUUUAUUUGUGGAAAAAUAAUUAGUACAUUUCGAAUCCGAUAAAAUGUGAUAAUUUUUGGAGAAUAAGUUUUUUGAAAUUUCUUUAAGCAAAAAAAUUUGAUGUCACAAUGAUUUUUUAGUUAAAGAUUAUUGUCGGAGGACUGUUGUAAAGUCAGCAUUUUCUUUAUAGUAAAUUUAUUAAAGUUGCGUCUCAAGUUUAUUAUGAAAAUUUUCCAAAUUCGCCCAAAAACGUAGUAGGGUGGUUUUAAAAAUAAAAUAAAAUUGUGCUUGAAAACUACAAGGGAUUUUCAAAAAUUUUAUUCUUUUAAAAUGAUCAAAUUUCUAACACACUUGAUAAUUUCCUAAUUAUUUUUUUCAUAAACAAAUGGUUUAUGUAAGAAAACGCUGAUAUAUUGUAGCAACAUUUUCUUUGUACACCAUAAAGUUUUACAACAAAUAAUUGUGUUUAAGAUAAACAACCCUCACAAUAAGAUGUUUUGACACGGGUGAGUCUGUCUACAAUAAAUAACACAAUAAGUCCUAAGUGAUUAGGCCGAAGGGUCCUUGAGGUUUUAAUAAAAAUUUAAUGGUGUACACAGAAAACGUUGCUACAAUACUUUUGCCGAAUAAUGAUAUUAAUCUAUUGAAUUAUUGUUGUGUUUAACUGUCUCCAAACACUAAACGAUUAAAAUAUAAAUUAAGAAUACAAAAAUUAGUAAAAGUCCUAUAAAUAAUGUGAUCAUAAUUUGAGAAUAAAAUUUUGUUUUGUUUUGAGAAGCGAUUUUUUAAUGGCCUAUUAGCUGUUUCAAAACUAUAAAAACACCAUUGUCGCAUUUUUUAUCAAAAUUAGGUCAUAUAAAUUAUUCAUGCACUUAAAAAAAUAGUAGCUAACGUAAUUUAUAGUUUCAAUGAGAGAUCUAAUCACAAAUUAAUUAAUUUACACUUACCAAUUGUAUCAACGCGACGUUGGCGUUUUUAUAGUUUUGAAACAGCUAAUACAUCUACUAUAAAAAAUUUUUGCCAAUAUUGAAUUUAAUUACCAUAAUAAUUAAAAAAUAUGGUAAUUAAAAAAUUUAAUUACCAUAAUAAUUAAAUUAAAUUCUUAGACUAGAGACUUAAAAAAAAAGUUUAAUGGAUGAUUGCUAUUUAAAAAAACUUCUGUUCACCUGGUAUUUGGGUUUUAGUAAGAAAUUCAUUUCUUGGUUUAAAGUUUUGUUGAUGAGGACGUGAAAUAAUCACGAAAAUGCUGAUUCACUUCAGCAAAAUGUAGAAAGUGGUGAUAUUAUUUGAGAUAACAAACUCUCCGUGAGUUUGCAGCCGAAAUUAAAUUAUCCUUACAUCUGUUAAGCUGUUGUACAACACUCGACACUGUACAUAACUACACUUACACUGAUUUUCCACACAGACUCCUGUCCUGAGCACAUUCUCAAACCACCUCACAUGAUUCUAAUCCUGCCCGUUGUCGCUGGUUGGUGUGGUGCCUCAGACGGCUAGAAGAUCAUCGCACUACACCUAAUUAUUAUAUGACUUUAUCAUCCAUUGUAACUUUGUAGCAACUUUCGAAAACCGAACGAUUUUUUCCCUCACUGCGUAAUCGUUCGUUUUUCCGAACGGACAGACUAACACGAUCUAACAUACUGCUGUAAAUAUAGCAAACCACACUCACAUUCAAUGGUAGAAAUAGUGUAGAAGAGAGACCAAAAGAAAACGUCUACUCUGGCCUAGAACCCAAAACUCUCCACUUGCGAAAUCGCGAUUUAGCUCUGAAUUUCUUCGAGUCAGACGAUAACGAU